CUGCGGCGGUGCGGGGACUCCCAUCCGCAAACUCCCGCCUCCAUGGGCGGGACCGGCUGCCGAGGGGUGAGCGGUGCCCCGAGCCCCCGGCCGGCUCCUCCGCGGCGCUCCGCGCUUGGGGCUGGACCCGCUCCCCUUUCGGAGGUGGAAAAAGUUUGUGCGGCGCGGAGCGGAGCGCGGCGGAGCGGUGCGAACUUGGGCUGAACGAAUGAAGAAAAUACAUCCUGUGAAGCGUAAAAGUACUUGAUUCUGGGAAGACUCUUACAGCACUUCUAACUUCAAAGCUGGAGAAAAGUAUGAAGGAACAGUCCAUCUGACUCCCUCAGCAUCUCGCACAGAACGCAAAAUGGCUCUCCAGAAAAAAACUGUUGGUGGUGUCUUGGAGGAGUGGUGUUUGGCCGAACCACUGUUUGGUUGCAGGUGGCACCAGAAUGUUAGGAAAAAACUGAGACUGAUACGAAUUGUAGGGCUCCUUGUCAGUGUAGUGGCCAUUAGUACUUUCUCGCUUUCAAUGAGUGCCUUUUUCAAGAUGGAACCACACAACAUGGCGCUGGUCAGCAGCCUAGAUAGCCAAAAGCUGGUGCGUGGGCACCAAAGAACUCUCUUGGAUUUCACAGAACAGGAUGAAAACGGCACUCCAGAUCCACAUGUUUCUAUGAAAUACGAAGCUGGGCACGACAAUGAAACAGAUGAUCAUGCAAAGGGAGAGUACCCCGAGGACCUUUUCUCUCUUGAGCAGAGAAGACAGGGAGCAGUGAUCCUCCAUAUAAUUGGAAUGAUUUACAUGUUUAUAGCCUUAGCCAUAGUCUGUGAUGAGUUCUUUGUUCCUUCCUUGACUGUCAUCACUGAAAAACUGGCCAUUUCUGAUGAUGUGGCAGGGGCAACCUUCAUGGCUGCUGGUGGGUCAGCCCCAGAACUCUUCACUUCUUUGAUAGGAGUGUUUAUAUCUCACAGCAAUGUUGGCAUUGGUACAAUAGUGGGAUCUGCCGUGUUCAAUAUCCUAUUUGUUAUUGGAAUGUGUGCUUUAUUUUCUAAAGAGAUCUUGAACCUUACUUGGUGGCCACUCUUUCGAGAUAUGUCCUUUUACAUCAUUGACUUGAUCUUGCUAAUCAUCUUUUUUCUGGAUAACUUCAUAAUGUGGUGGGAGAGUGUGACACUCCUGACAGCGUAUUUUUUCUAUGUGACAUUUAUGAAGUUCAAUGUCCAAGUAGAAGAAUUGGUCAAGAAAUUUUUAAACAGGAACAAGGUUGAGAAGGUAACAACAGAUGCUGACGGAAAGUCCCCUAAUGCUGGAGACAAGGAUGACCAAACAUUGACGACCAAGCCACGUCUCCAGCGGGGAGGAAGCUCUGCGUCUCUCCACAACAGCCUAAUGAGGAACAGCAUCUUCCAGCUCAUGAUUCACACACUUGACCCACUUGCUGAAGAGCUUGGAUCAUAUGGAAACCUAAAAUAUUAUGACACAAUGACUGAAGAAGGAAAGUUCAAGGAAAGGGCCUCAAUUCUGCAUAAGAUUGCCAAAAAGAAGUGCCAGGUGGAAGACAGUGAAAGGCAGAAUGGAGCUGCUAAUCAUGGUGCAAAAGUGGAAGUUGCAGUAACACCACCAAGUGACUCGGGACCAGUGCAGAAUGGAAUUGCCCAUAAUGUUGAAGAGAAUGAAGAGGACGAGGAGGAACAGCCUCUCAGUCUGGCCUGGCCUGAAACCCCACGCAAGCAGGUCACCUAUCUUCUUGUAUUACCCAUUGUUUUUCCUCUGUGGGCUACCCUGCCAGACGUCAGAAAACCUACAUCAAGAAAAUUUUUUCCUAUCACGUUUUUUGGCUCUAUCAGCUGGAUUGCCUUCUUUUCUUACUUGAUGGUCUGGUGGGCACACCAGGUUGGAGAGACCAUUGGUAUUACUGAAGAAAUCAUGGGACUGACUAUCCUAGCUGCUGGCACAUCCAUUCCUGACCUUAUUACUAGUGUGAUUGUAGCACGCAAAGGUCUGGGGGACAUGGCUGUAUCCAGUUCUGUUGGAAGCAACAUAUUUGACAUCACAGUGGGCCUUCCUCUUCCAUGGCUCCUGUAUGCUGUGGUUAACAGCUUUGCCCCAGUGACAGUCAGCAGCAAUGGUCUGUUCUGUGCAAUUGUCCUCCUCUUCAUCAUGCUGCUCUUUGUCAUCCUCUCCAUUGCUUCCUGCAAGUGGAAGAUGAAUAAAAUCCUGGGUUUCCUCAUGUUUGGGCUUUAUUUCGUGUUCCUGAUUGUCAGUGUCCUUCUGGAGGACAAAGUGAUCCAGUGUCCUGUCUCCAUCUAGUGGAAAGUCCUGUUUCUCGACAAGAAAAAAAAAAGAAAAACAAAUAUAGAUAUUUAUUAAAGAAAAGAUACUUAUGUCAAAACAAAACAGCAAAAAAAAAAAAACCACGGUGGAAAACUUCAGUGGGAGUAAUUCAUGGAUAUGUAAAUUUCCUCUUCCUCAAUCUUAAAAGAGCGAAAGAAAGGCAAGGAUACCAAGGGUCGAUCUCAGAGCUGAAGAAUGGCUGCUGCUGGACAGUGCAGUUACCCCUGAAGGGCUGAGUCCAGGUGCACCGAGGGUUUCUCUGCUCGGAACUUCCCCGCUGCUCACUCCUGGACACGCUACGUACGCACGGCGACGGGGAAAGCUCCUGCUUCUCCUCUGCCUGCAGUGCACACCCACAGGCUGCUCGUUCUCUGCAGCAGGACACACAGACACACGGUGUGCUCAGCUCUUGAAGCUCUCCUUUUCUAAGGGGAAUGCUAAUAUUAACUUUGUGGAGGCACCACCCCCCACGCACCCUGGUAGAGGAUUUUUCCAUAACCUGCUGAAACCCCUGAGUGGAAAGCAUACACCGAGCGAUGAGUCACAAACAGGGAAGGGCUUGUAUGUCUCUUCAUGUAAGUGGAUUUAUAUGAUGUGAUUUCAGCAAAGCCAGGGAAUUUAUCAGUGUUUUGAUUAUCUGCAUCACAGGUCUGUAAAGGCAAUCAGCAGGAUGUUAAUGGUGGUUUUUUUACAUCUUGCAAAACUCUUCAGAUUCCAGAAACUCUUGUCUCUGGCACUGAAGGAGCCAUGAUGCCUGACCCGUUUUGUGACUGGUGCAGAUUUUCAUUGCAUUCUCAUGCAAAGACCAGAAUGGGGAUAAUCUUUCUUCUCUAAUAGCAGCGCAGCAUGCAGUGACAUCAUACAGCUACGUGAACACACCAUUUUUUCUAAUGCAGCAAUAUCAACAGUACCAAUGGCUUUCAGAUGCUGUUAUGAUUAUGAGUUUGCCUUUUCAUGCCAGAAUAAAAAGGCUAAUUUGCUUAUGCAUAGUAUUUCAUACAGAAAAUAGAAGUAGCUAUAAAGUGGCAGCCUAAUUGCUAAGUGAAUAUAUACUUUAUAGGCUUUCACUAUUACUAGGAGUGUAAGGACCUUCACAGCUACAUAUAGUUAUUGCUGGAAGAGAUCUCCUGCUGUUGUAUACAGCUGUUCACAUUUGCUGUUAUAGAUCUUGAAACUAGGUAGGAGAAACACAAUUUAAAUACAGUGGAGCUGCAGGAAACUUACAUGAAAAUUCUUCAGUAUUGCUGGAAGUGUGCAUGUCUAAAGAAACUCAGGAAGGAGUGAAAAUGCAACAUCCUUGAUCUGAGAUACUGAGAGAAGGAGAAGGUCCAAACCUAGAGAAAAAAAUUAAAAAAAAAAAACCACAAAAAAAACCAAAAAAAAACCAACAACCAAAAACCAAGAAGGGAGAAAGCAACUAACUUUCAUCUUUCUGUAGUUUGGCUGAUUUAUUUAAAAAUGAGAGGACUGGAAUGAAUGUUAAGAAAUUUUUUCAGAUAAUCAUAAUUUGUUUGUACAAGUCUUUUGUGCAAUUAAGAGUUCAUGAAGUUUCAGUGCAUUUCUGUGACCUGUUUCAGCAUUGUUUUAUACGUGUAUUGUGCUCACAAUGGCAAGGCCAUGCUCACAUCUGUGUAACAGAAGGCUCAGCACAUUUUGUCUUCUCUGUUUUUCUCUGCUCCGCACUGUUUCUUAUUCAUCCCCUUUGUCCUUUGUUUCCUGUUAUAUGUGUUUGUAUUAAUGGUAUAUGAUUAGAAAGUAAGCACUUGACAGAAAACAAUGGUAGAGAAAACAGCACAAAAUUCAUAUUAGGAAUAUUAAUAUUAUGUGAUAUCAUGAAGAAAAAAGUGAGAUGUUAAUGAAAUAAAGGAAACUAGGAGUUGCAAUGUCUGCUACUCAUAUAUUAAGUCCUAGCUACAUGCAGAAUCAAUAUUUGAUCUUAACCAUACAACAAGCAACAUCUCUUACUUCUUAGUGCUUUUUAGAGUGAGCUUCUUGCGUUGAGAGCAAAAACUUGUCUUUGUAUUCAAGAUCUUUCACUGGUGCAGAAUGCUUACCUGUCUUAACGAUAGUGCUGCCCGUCCCUUUAACAUUUGUUCCCAUGGGUGUAUGCGAUGGAAGAGUGGGUGUAUUUACGUAACUGUGGUGCCCUCUACUGACAGAACAGCAACCUAAAGCAAAUUUAUAACCCAAAUUCUGACCUUAACUGAGACGCGUGUCCCAAAAUACAGAGCUGACUCCACAGUACUAUCUAUUCCAGAGGAGUCACCAAAUGCUUUUCUUUCUGAUGACAGUGCUCAGAAUAGGCAAUCCUUUCCCAAAUAUGCAGAAUCAGACAUAGGAGUGAUCUCAAGGAAGGGCUGUGUAUGCUGGCACUUACAAAACACUGCAGUGCCCAUAUUCACUGAUCUGACAUUUGAAAUCAAGAAACCAGACCAGAGUCCAAUCUCUGUUUAGUACACUACUAUUUUAUUUAUUUAUUUAUCUAUCUAUCUAUCUAUCUAUCAGUUUAUUUAUUUGUUUGUUUGCUUCAUGCCAUCAUGAUGUAACAACUCCCACACUGGAAAAUGAAAACUCCUACCUGACCUUCAGAACUCUAAGAGCACUCUGGUGCACUCAGGAUGCCAGCAGCUGAGACUGCUGCCCCACUGAGGGCAGGUAGGGAGUGGAGAGUAAACUGCCAGCAACAGCUUAUAGGAAGAUCUUUAUGUAUACCAUUAAGGACUGAUGUUCCGUAAUGGUAUUUCUAUACUGUCUUAAAAUGAGUCUCAUUUCUUUCCCAUGUCUGUUUUUCCCUAUCACGUAUUUAUCUUGGAAGGUAUUAAAAAUAACUUUUUCUCCUCCAGAAUAAGACACUUUAUGGCUCCCACUGCCUUCUAUCUGUUGGGCAGUUCAUUUUUCAAAUGGUUGAAUAAUUGUGCCAGUGGUACCUCAGAUCCAGAGGUGAUAGGGCAGAUUUCAGUUGUGUGGUGGUUUCUGUGAAUGAUGUUUAUACUUGCCAAGGCACCUUUCUACUGCUGGGGUAAACUGUUCAUGGAUACUUGGAUGCUGAUGUGCUCUUCGAUUACAAGACAACAGCUCUGCUGGCUGGUAGAGAAAAAGAGAAAUGGGAUGGAGGGAGAAGCAUAGUCCUUUAUCCUGUACAGAUGAAAUUCAGUCUUAAACUGAAAUGCUGAGAGAACAGUCAAAAGCUGCUCUAACCCAGUGACUGGAUGUCAGUGAGUUGUCCAGGCUCAGUGUUGCCAGAAAUGUACACACUUGUUGCAACAUUGCUAUUUUACAAUCUCAGCAAAUUUGCCAGCAUAAAGUGUUUCUCAUUGUUUGAAAUUAUUUCAGUGUGGGAUCAUGAACUCUUGUGGACAUUGCACAUCUAGAAGCCAAAGUUCAAUUUCUGUUUUCUUCAGCCAAAGUCCUGAAUUGACUUCACUAGGGAUCACCACACCACACCACACCACACCAAAUUCUACAGCAAGCUGGUAGGUGUUGAAGCCAGUUCCACCUGCCUGUAUGCCUGUGCUCACUUACUCAACUGACACUGCUGUCUGCCUAAUCUUUAUGAAGUACAAAUGAAUAAUUAAUAGAAAAUUUGGCAUUAGGACAAAGAUCCUGUUCUCGCUUAGUGCUUUCAGGACACCAGGUUGGCAACAUAGCAAGUAAGAUAAGAAUGCAAUUUCAGAUUAAAUAACCAAACCUCUGUGCCACCAUCAUCUCUGAAUGGAAUAAAAGUUGAACACAGUUUUUGGAAGGGAUUUCUGGUAGCAUUUGAAUAGGAUCGUGGUUCAAAUUGUAGCCAGUUCUAAAGGUUUUCUGCACUAACUUCAUUGCAAUUAAAUAUGAGAAUGGGCCCCAUUGGUACAAAACACCUUUGGAGUUCUACAACCAUUCCCUGUUUUCCCUCUGCAGAAACCUCCCUGGUCACAACUAGGCAAAAGCUAUAAAAGUGUGAUUACAAGUGUGGUGUGAAGAUUCUCUCAUUAAGAACUACAUGUAGACAUGGAAACAAUCUUUCAGCAAAGCUCUAUGUAUUUUAAAUUAACUAUUUUACUGAAAGUUAGUGCUUUCUUAUAGUCCCGACAGGCUCUUGUGUCUGUAUGCUCCUGCUUAUGUAUCCAGUUGAUGUGGCUGACUGCAUAAACUUCAUGAAGCAUAAAGCACAGUGAGUGACAAGCAAUCUUACCUAGGUGUCAUUUGUUUGUAAUGGCAAUGAACCUACCAUAUAAUUUCCACAUAUACUACUCUGAAGUAGUUUAUGGUCACUGUCACUCAUGGUACUGUUGUGUGUGGAUAUGAAGGUCCACAAAGUGGUAUGUUAAACAUGUAGUUAAUCCAAGUACUGUGAAAAAAUAGAUGCUUAGAAAUAUUAUUAAUGUUUGGGUGUUUUUUAAGGGAUUAUUUCUCUGGUCGUCUUUUACUUCAUUACAUACUUUUCAAAAAAAGGGGAUAUUCAAUGUUUUUUAAUUAUUAUUCUUUCAGCAGUAAUUCCUUAAAAUAGCAUCUUGUGGUCCAUAUAACUUACGUUCUGAGUCAAGUAUGAGUCUGUAUCAGAUGGUUUUCUUUAUUUAUAACAAGAAAAUAAUCCCUUCUCUAAGAAAUGGCCCAAGGAAAUACAGAAGAAUUCUGCCAUUAACCUGGACAAGAUAAGAGUCUUUUAUCUUAGGCUCCCGUAUUUCAUAAAUGCAUUUACAUAACAAACUUAAUUGUCCUGGGAGCUAUGUACAAAGAGAUAAAUUACAUUCACUUGUAUUCUUGGAAACAAUUUUACCUCUUGUAAAUAACAAUGACACAACUAACUGAGACAAGAGGCGUGGUUUGAGCAGGUGAUUUUUUUUUUUUCUUCUCCUAUUCCUGGAAAUCGAAGAAUUUGCACCUGGAAAAUACUUGCAGAAAGUGAUUAUGAGAUUGUCAAAUGGAAUAGUUUGCAUGCAACAGUGUGGAGAAGAAUCCUGCUCCAGUCCUCCAACAGCCAUGGGUCUCAUUCCUGGUUGAUGUUAAAAUUGUCCUUCUCGGGUCCACUGCUAUCAGUUACAGGAAUAUCUGUAUUGACAUACCCAUCAUUUCCAUAGGAAAAGAGUCACUUCCAAACUGAAGUUCUGCAGUCCAAUGCACCCAUCAACUACAACAGUCACAUGUGGCUCACAGCCCUGUAGUUCAGAGAGGCCAUGCAGCAGGUUUGCAGUGUGUUGCUAGGUGUCAGUGUGCAGCAUCCCAGGACUUGUUCCCCUGGAUGGGUGCAGUGGUAUGAGCCUUCCCCUGCCCGUGCUCCUGCCUGACCGGAUGCAAGCUGUGUCUUUCCAGAGGUCAUGUCAUCACAUUAGCAUGGCACUGAGCCCAUGCUCCAGCCAGCCAGGCACAGGUCAGCCCCAGCCUAGAAGCCAUGUAAUCCCUUGGAGUGUGGGUAGACCAGACACAUAAUUGACCGUAUCAUUCUACAUGAGCCAUAAGUGAAACAGGCCAGGACAGUAGUGAGGAAUUCAAGAUUGGUAAAUGAACUGUACAUUCAUGUAGAUUUAUUGUAAAUUCACCACUCAUCAAACACAAAACCAAUCCCAACAAUGAAAUUUGUACAUGUUUUUAAAGAUGGUGCACUUUACUAUUUUAUUUUUAUGUCACAUAGUUGUCUUAAUGCAAAAAGAAGCCAUAAAAAACCCAGAAGACUAGUAUGGGGUUUCUAAGUAAGGGGAUCAUUGAUUUUAAAGUAAAGAAUCAAUUCCGUGUCUCUGUUUAAUGUAAAUGUCAAAUACUGACAGAUAAAUGUUCAGUAAAGCAGGAUCUGGUUUUGCCUUAGUGAUGCUGUAAGUCAGGGGAGUUUGCUCCUCAUACUCUGUGGGGCUGUACAAAAUGCUGCACACUGCCUUUGCAGUACGGACUCAAGCUGGCUACCCUUGUUCACCCCAGGAGAAGGAAUAAAAUGCUUGCAGAGUCAGGCCCAAUGAAGCAAUUCCAUCAUCAGCUGCUCUGAGGUUUUCUCCCACUGAGAUUACAGUAAAGGAAGCUCCUUAUGUUCUAGUAAGUGUAUAAGAGAUGAGUUCUUUCUGUCAGCUUUUCAAAAAGUUUUCCGGGUCAGGUUAUCCAAUAGAAAUCAAUAAUUUAUUUUAAUCCCUUAUCAAAAUUAAGUAAUGCCAAAGGUUUUCUCUUGGUUUUGUGUUCAUUUCCAUUAUCAGGAUCUCUGUUGCAGUUUUAAUUUUGCAAUCCUGACUCUGGGGAGUUGACUUACAUGAAUUAAAAUUAUUUCUGUCACUUACGAUGGCAGGAUCAGGACAUGGUAUUGUGAUGUGAAAAUAGUAGUGUGUUAUAACUGACAAUCAGAUGCUAUUUUUGUAAUAAAGCAUUUUUAGCAUGUUUGUUUCACUGUAGUUUUCAUACUCUUAUCAUCCCCCAUUUUUAGCCUAUUGUAAGAAAACUCUGGAGUCCCCCAUCUUUACUCAUUUCAAACUUUAAAAGUAAAAAUACAUUGCCAUGUAUUUUUUAUUUUGCAAGUCCAGGCAACCCUCUCAAAAUUCCAGUUUUUCUCAUGUGUUAAGUGUAUGGAUCAUUAUUCACUAGAUGAAGCUCUUGUAUCUCUGAAUCAGUAUAUUCUCUGUGAAUAUAAGUUUGUAUAUAGUAUGAAAGUUACCUUUAUUUGUACAUAGGCUCUUGGAAAUAAUCCCUUCUAUCAAGGUCCUACUUCACUAUCUACAGAAUGUGGUGUGUACACUUUCUCACCUUAUCAUAUUAAUACAGAGUUCUUCAUAUAAAUCACAUAAUGUAACUGAGUUGUCUAAGUGUGAAUAACAAUAACAACAAUAAAUACUAAUAAAAAGACUGAAGAGUC